GCGGGAAGACGACCGCACCGCAUCUGCUGCGGGCACUCCGGACUGUUCUCACCACAUGCUUUGGAUCAGUGGGCGAUGGACUCUGCACUCGCAUGGCUGUUCCCUUCUACAAUCCCUUGUCAAACACUGCCAUUGUCCGUGCCCCCUUUGAUCACUUUCGUAUGGUCUGGGCUGCCCUGACCCUCACCACUGAACUGUUUCAUCGCCCGGUUGCCAUCCGCGUCAUCCACUCGGCCGCAACGCUGACAAACUGCAGAGAGCUCAUCAUCAAGUGGAACAGAGCACUGCUCCGCGCACGUACUGCUGGCGACAGCGGUGCAGAAGAUGACGAGGACACGCUCAACGAUGCCCAAGGAAUCGAUGGGUUGGACCAGCUGGUUGAGGAUGGCGAGGAGGAUGGCGUUGACGCUGGUGACGACGCCGACGACACCGACGUCUGAUCCGCUCGACCGACGCAAAGGGCUUGUGGGUAGCAAAACGGGCAGUAGCUAGGCUGCUUCAGGGCAUGUCGACUAACUCCUGGCUGAUUGCAGUCACAGAUCGGUGCGCUGCCGCGCUGCCGCGCUCGACGGUUGCUCUCGUCUGAUUUACUGCUGCCAGCUUGUGCAUGGUGGCUCGCUGACAAGCGGCGAGUGAACAACAGGCUCUGCAGACCCAGACAGUGGGCCGAUGCAGACCGUCGACGCCGCCGCUGUGUGAGGCUCCGGCUCCGAUCACUGCGACGCGCCUUCUGUCGCGCCCACGUUGUUGUUCAUGACGUCCAUCUCCAUGACGACGUCAACCGGCACCCUGUACACACAACCACAACGCCACACAUCGUGAGUCCCCUCUCGUCUCGUCCAUAACCACCACAUCCAUCACGCCCAUCUCCCAUUCCACGUACGGCUGCGGUCCUGUUGACCUCAUUCGCUCGAUGACACUUGCCGUCGACUGAGCAGCAUGGACAACCUGAUCAUUCAGCUCCAACACACGCUGCGUAUGCUCCGCCAUCUCUUGAGUCUCUGCCAGCAGCUCCUUGACUAACCUCCGCACAUCCAGCCAUCCACAACGUGAGUGAACGAAGCAGUCAUGCUGCCG